AUUAAAGUGCGGUCAGCCGCUGGGCCUGGUGCCAUGCGUGCCUCCCUCGAGCCCGUGCUUGUUGCUGACAUUGGAAGCUCAAAUUCUUGUGCCUUUUGAGGUGCCCCCAGAAACUGGAAUUGGGACUUUCGCCAUUGAGCUCGAAUUCCACUAUAAUCUUCAGCCUCAACCGUCCGGCGCUAUCGAUUUAUCUCGCGGCGGCUGUCCCUAGUCUAUCACCCUGUUCGCCGUGUGAUGUGAUCGGGCUGUCUCGCCGACUCCACAAUCUCGUCGAUCACAGAUCUUUGCGUCACAUAUAUCCGGUCGACCCUCCAAGCCGCCCCCAACUCCCCUUCGCUUCUCCUGGUCGAGUUGUUGCCCCGUCACUCCGAAGAAGAUCGGCCUUCUUUUAGUCCUCACAACGCCCAAUGCGCUUUCCAUACACACUACUCUGUUAGCUGUGUCAACCUUGGGUCAGGCCUUGUUAGCCACGUGCCUAGGAACUCGUGCCCCUCGCUCGUUUUCCCUCCGCCUGCCGCCUCGACACCAACGCAAACGAUCAUCGACACACGAGAGUCUGGCCCUGCCGCUAUGCGAAAGGGAGAAAAGGGAACUGGGCCUAGCAUCUCCGCCUUGCUGCGCCAACACGGAGACUCGAGGUGACGGCACUUCAUGUCCACAUCGAUCUGAACCGCAAGAUCCGUGUCUAGUCGGCCCUGUGUGCGCCAACUAGACACAUUUUCGAGCCACUGUCGUGGUUUCAUAUUGGAUCUGGCGACAUAUAAUUUCAAUGGCGGCCCUAGUACAACAACCACGAGCCGCAGGGCUCGUCGAGAGCUCGGUCGCGGCUCUCUCGCAACUAGCAAAACGUAUCUACAUACCAUUAACACCACUCAGUCCGCCGGGUCAAAUCGAAGCCAACACGGUCGACCCAUGGACCGAGUCAGGGAAGUACGGACUGGGUUGGACCUACUUCGCCCUGGCAUUGACGGCAUGCGUUCUGUUCACGAGGGUGUGGCACUUUUGGCAGGACAAAAUCCGCCAGGCCAUAUAUAAGCAGGAGGUCGAGCAACACUGGAACCAAACAUACGCCAUCGAGCAGGAGUUGCAGCAACAGCAACAGCAGCAGGAGGAAGCACUACACACAGGGCGUACAUCUGGGCGUCACUUCUUCCCCGAGGAGGGCGGCAAGGAGGAGAUGGCGUUCCGACCAAAGGCGCACAUGUCCUCGGUCGGUUUCGUCAACGACACUCUCGCGCUUUUCCGCUGGAUUUUCUACCGACCGAUCCCCGAUAUCAGGUGGCACAAGCACCGCUUCACUUUCUCAUCCCUGGCGGUGCUUGCCGUGGUCACUGUCGCUACCAUCUUCGCCACCAUAUACUGCUUCAUUCUGCAGCCGCUAUACUGGCAGAGCAUCAAGUUUGGGUCGCCACCCCUUGCCGUCAGGGCUGGAAUGAUCGCAGUAGCCUUGACGCCUUGGAUCAUUGCCACCAGCACCAAGGCAAACCUCCUCACCAUGAUCACCGGGAUCGGCCCUGAGCGACUCAACGUUUUCCAUCGAUGGGGAGGCUACCUAUGCCUCUUCCUGUCGCUCGUCCACACGAUCCCCUUCUAUGUACAGCCGGUCUGGGACGAUGGCGGCCUCGAUGUAUUCUCAAAGCUCUUCCCGGAGGGCAGCGGUGCUAUCUACGGUACUGGGAUCGCCUGCCUCGUCCCCCUCGUGUGGCUCUGUAUCGCAUCGCUCCCAUUCAUCCGCCGCAUCGCGUACGAGAUCUUUGUUAUGCUCCACGUCCCGGUCGGUCUAAUCUACAUUGCCGUUCUGUUCUGGCACACCAAGAACUUCCUCAACUCCUGGAGCUAUCUCUAUGCGUCCUUGGCCAUAUUCUUUGUCUGCGCCAUUCUGAGGGUUUUCAACCUCAACUGGACCAAGCCGUGGCGCAUGGCAUUCAUGGUGGGCGACGAGGCCGCCAUCACGCUCCUGAGCGAAAAUGCCGUGAAGAUCACGAUCCCAACGCAGAUGCGCUGGAAGCCUGGGCAGUUUGUGUACCUCCGCAUGCCGGGAAUCUCGCUCUUUGAGAACCACCCAUUCACCAUCUCGUCGCUCUGCAGCGAAGACUUCCCGUCCGAGUACGGAGAGAACUACCGCGAUUGCGUGCUGGUGUUCCGCCCUUAUGGCGGCUUCACUCGCAAGGUCCUCGAGACGGCGAUCGAGAAGGGGCCCUUCCACACCUACCGUGCCUUCCUCGACGGCCCCUACGGCGGCAUGCGGCGGGACCUGGCCGCCUUCGACACCGUCAUCCUUAUCGCAGGCGGCAGCGGCGUGACUGCCCUCAUGUCCCAGCUCCUCAACCUCAUCAAGCGCAUGCGCGAUGGCAAGGCCAUCACCAAGAAGAUCGUGGUUGUUUGGGCGCUCAAGCGUCUCGAGGCCAUGGAUUGGUUCCGUGAGGAGCUCCGCAUCUGCCGUGAGGCCGCCCCGCCCGAGAGUGUGACGUGCAAGUUCUUCGUCACGGCGGCGGUGCGCCAGCAGCAUCAGUUCCUCCCCCAGGGAUUUCAGCCCCAGAGGGCACCGAGGCCACUCAGCAAUAUGUUCCACGACAAGCUGGACGGAUUCGUGGCUGGCAUCGCGUCCAAGCGCAACUCUGCAUUCAUCCACUCCGAGGCUCGUGGCGACCCAGACCGCGAGCGCGAGCUGCGUGCCGAGGAUGAAGACAGGAUUACGGCGCUCCCACAACAGAAGUACUUGCAGCCGCACAACAUCUCAUCGCAAGGGCAGCAGCACCCGCCGCCGCCGCCGCUGGCCAACAAGGACAGGGCUUCGGUGGCAGAAGAUACCCUUCGGCAGCUUGAGGGCCGUGACAUGAGCAUGGAGCAGGCCAGCGAGGCACCGUCGGACCGCAAAGGUUCGAUGGACAAGAAGGGCGAGUUCCAUUUCCCUGCCAUGCAGCCGCGUCUUGAUGUACCCACCUUCCAGUAUGCGCCGCCCGGCUCGCCAGGCCACAACCGCUUAUCGCAGCACCUCGUGCCACCAAGUACAUCAGACGGCAAUGCCACACCUGAUCUCCAGAGGGAGCAACAGCAGCAGCCGUAUGACGACCCGGAUAAGAAGCAAGAGAGCAAGCCCGCCUCGACAGAUGCACCGCGGCCCCCAGAGCUGGCACACCUGCGGACCGACCUGCCCAGCAACACGCUGCGGCCGGCGCCGCAGCUGCAGCGGGGCACGCGGCCGACGUCGACGUUCGGCCCGCCGUCCGGGUUCGAGUUCGGGUUCCCCGAGACGCCGACCGAGUUCCAGAAGUCGCUGAUGCGGUUCGCGUUCCCGAUCCCGCACCAGAUCGACGGCGGCUGGAGCGUCGAGUACGGGCGGCCAGACCUGGGCUACAUGCUCAAGGAGUGGGCGACGGGCGGGGCGGACGGGCGCGGGAUACUGGGCCGGCGCACCGCCGUCUUCGUGUGCGGGCCCGCGGCCAUGCGCGUCGGCGUCGCCAACACGGUCGCGCGCCUGCAGGCCGAGAUCUGGGGCGACGAAAUGCUCGAGGAGAUCUACCUGCACACGGAGAACUAUGCUCUGUGAGCGGGGCCCCGCUGCCCGCCCCCCACCUCUGGUGACUGUAUUUUUGUGUAUCUUGUAUCUAGUAUACCCCUAUACCCAUAUGACUCAUAUACCCCUUAUUUAUCACGUCUGUACGGAUGCCCCAGGAUAUCCUACCCAGUACAUAAACACGCUACGCAUAUACCUCUAUACUAUUCCUGAAUGGCUCAUGAUGGAUGAUAAGCAGGCAGGCAUCGCGAAAGAUGCGGGUGCGCCGAAUGGAGCGGAGUGGAGAGAAUAACGGAAACGACAGCGGGAGGAGACUUCUUAUCCAUGGUACGCGCUUUUCGAUAGCCGUCUUUGCUUUCCUUUCUGGCUUCUUCCCUUAAAGCUGUAGGCUCUUUGUAGCUCCGGAAACUCGAGAAUAUUAUCCUUCUAGUCCC